AUGAAGAAACCUAUGCACGCGUUAAUCUGCGACCAACGCCAGAAGGUCCCCCCUGUCGUGAAAGCGAACCUUAGCGGCAGGGUCGUCAUGGUCAUUGGCGCCAACAUCGGCCUAGGUUUCGAAGCCACGAAGCAUUUCGCAAGGAUGAAGCCUGCGCGUCUCAUCCUUGCCUGCCGCAGCGAGGAGAAGGGAAAACUUGCUAUCAAAGAGCUCGAAGAGGAGACUGGCUAUAAGGGCUCCGAACUGCGGAUUGUCGACCUUUCCAACUUCAAGUCCGUGCAAGCUUUCGCGGACAGUGUCGAGCACGACGCCCUCGCGAUUGACAUCAUGGUCUAUAAUGCCGCCGUUCUCAUGAAGGAGCAUCAGGCGACCGCUGACGGCUGGGAGCAGACACUGCAUGUCAACGUUUUGUCGGCGCUGCUGCUCCCGGUGCUGCUUAUACCCGCUGCACAACGCGCGGCGACAGCACAUCCCGGGUCGAAGCCGCGCUUGGUCAUAGUCGGAAGUGACGUGCACUACUGGGCUGAGAUGCCAGAAAAGGUCGUCCAUGGUCCGAGCGGGAAAGUUCUGACGGAGCUUAACAAACCCGAGAACUGGCUAAAGGCGUCGACUCAACAGCCCCGUUACAACCAGUCUAAACUUCUGAUCCUCCUUCUGAUUCGCGAGCUCUCAAAGCACCUGGAGCGCACCCCACUCAUAGCGGUGGUAGUCAACCCUGGCUACUGUGUCUCCGCCUUGCGGCGCAACCUUCCAUCCGGCGCCCAACGCGGAGCCCGUCUCAUGGAGAUUGCCAUCGGACGCAGUACCGAGGAGGGCUCGCGUAUGCUGGUAUGGACGGCAGUUGGGAAUGAGGGGCACGAGGACGAGCUUAGAGGGGCAUAUAUCAACCUGUGCAGAAUUGAGGAGCCGAGCGACUUCGUGAUCUCCAAGGUCGGGCAGGAGGUUCAGAAGCGAGUAUGGGCCGAGUCGGUCGACGUACUCUCUGCCGUAUCACCCGCUUUCAAACAAGUGCUCUCGCAGAUCUCAGCUUAA